AAGGCGCAUCAAGGCGACGGUGCUGACGAAUGUUGAACUCCUUUUCUAAAUCGCAUUUUCCUGCUGUCAAACAUGUCGAAUAGCACACUGCAUCGUGCGUGCGACCGCUGUCAUGGCCAGAAGCUCAAAUGUCGACGCGGUUCUACACAAGAGGACUGCCAGCGAUGUGUCAGAGCGGGGGUGAUAUGCACGACUGGAGAACCACGAAAUGCGUUUAGACGACACUCAAGGAAUAGUAGCAGUCAUGGUUCAUCCAACACGAGUACUUCUUCCAAUAUCAAUGCUUCAGAUAUUCCGGCAUCUUAUAACCUGUCCAGCCUCAACACUGCAACUGUCGCCGGCGACAUAGGAAAUCAUGACAUCUCGAGGCCACGAAUGUGGGGAGAAGAUGAAGCAUGCUGGCGAAGUCCAGACAUGAAGCCCCACUCGGUUGUCAAGAUGGUUUCAACACAUCCCACUGUGAUGCAAGUUACGGGUGUGUCGCCACCUCAUGGACUCGAACGUCGAGUCGAGAUACGAAUGCUUUUCGAACAGCUAUCUAGCCUUGGCUUGCGUCUUUUCAUCCUAGCUGGAACGACCAACCGGGCAGCGCGAUAUGGUAUUGCGGAAGGAGAAUCACCAGUCGAUGACACCCUUGCCCUCUCCCAGGAGUUUGCAAGGGCAAUGGCAGAAAUGAUACAACUCUACAACCAUGACACAUCGACCCGACGGGACUCAUACGUCUUGCGUGCAACCAGUGAACAAGUGCUGGAUCGCUCAUCAUUCCUCUUCAUCUUAUCGAUAUACUGCCGACUCAUCAAAAUCUACACCACGUUGUUCGGAUCAAUGCGAAAAGAGUCUCAAUUUCCCAUGCGUGGUCUGAUAGAACCUGGUAAAACACUACCAGCCCUGCGCAAUGGAUCAUUCAUUUUAUACUCGUCGCCUCUGCUGCGGAUCGCUGCAAUUGCACAACUCGCCGAAAGCAACCUCCAGCAAAUGGGAAAGAUGGUCAGGUGCUUGGAAAUCACGACUUCGAGGCAGUCAGCUGAAGGAAAUCCGACUGGCGAUGCCCGUCUACAGCAAGAUGAGGAGGCACUACGCCGGAAGAUUCAAUAUACGAUCCGGGUUUGUAUGGAGCAAAGUAUGCAGCAGCAAAAUUAAUCAUUCCGUGUGCUGUUCGUCGG